GGACGCCAAAUAACAGGGCUGUCGGAGCGAUGGCGUUUUGCGAGAUGAGACCUGAUCAAUGGCGUCACUUUACUUGCUGGCUGUGUCCUCUUGGCUACAGUUGCGUUUACUAGUGUCCGCAGCGAGUUGAUGCUGUUCCUGGAACAUACAGAUAACACAUGUUGUCUCAUGUGGUUCGAGCACCAGCUGUCCAUAAAUGUACAGGUGCAUAUGUAUCUUCUGGUCUCUUGAAAACAUGCACUGCGGCACUUCGAGCCAAUUGACAGCCCUACGUUGAGGCUCAAAAACACGCUAGUAAUUGUAUCGUGAUCAUAGAGGUUGAACUCAAUCUGUGGUAGGUCUCAUUCCCCUUGAACUCCAUAUGUGCACAUGAUGCUGCAAACAUACGAUUGUUCAGAGGGGAUUCUGCCAAAAAGGAUGCAAACUUGCGUUGGACAUGAGCAACGCAAGCAUAUUUCGCGAACGUAUCUUGUCUCACAAUGGCACAGGAACAUGCAACUAUCGUCGACCUGAUGCGGCGCGGACCUUGCAAGGCUGAAUCGUCGUUCAAGGUGCGUCGCGCAAUUAUAGAGAGGCUGCACGUGAUUAUCGAUUCUGACUCUCCUCGCACGAGCCAUCAGAAUGCGGAGCAGGUGCACGUGAUUAAACGCCCGCUUCUGGGCUGCAAUCCGUUCAUCGCAGCAUCACAGCCAGCAUCACAGUCAUAUCCAUGCGCUCCCUUUGCCAUCGGCCACUUUUCUUCUGUUCAAGUAUCAGUUGAUUUUUUUCAGUGAAUAUCUAAAUUGUUGCGAUCGCUCUUUACAGUAUUUCUUGACUCACAUACACUCUGCACUUCUGCUUCUACAAGAAACACGUUGUCGCUUCGAUAACAUCGAUUGUGACUCAAAAAAUUUAACCUUUCAUCACUAUCAAGCCACAGAUCUCCUGGGACUGUCGCAACGACACCUCUCGAUGAACUAUUGACCUGCCGACGAACCGACGUUCUCCAUCCGAGCCAAAAAGCAACGACAAUUGUUUCGGUGACAGCUGUAGGCUGAUGCGUAAACGCGAGCUAUCUUUGCUUUCUCUCUUUUGGAACCUUGGGUGAAGUUUCGAGCUCCGUCGCCAAUCAACCAUUCCCCGCUGUUACGCGAGCCCUAUCAAAGUCAGAAGUCAACGCUAUAUACGACGGCCGAUGAGCUUCUCCAGCGAUUUGCUAUAUUCACUUCCUUUUAUCAAGACUGCCGAUCAGCGAUAUCUACCGCCGUGCUGCUCGCCGGCGCAACUUCCUAGACCUCCACCCCUGAGACUAUAACCAUCAUAAUCACAUCACAAAUACCUACCGGAAUGUAUCCUCAACACUCCGGGCAGGGUCAACAUGCUCGGCUCAACGGCGCCGGGCGAGGCAUCCCGAACUUGCUAUACAACUAUCAGCAUACCCAACACCAACACCCUUCUCAAACACAACACCACCAAGGACUUCAACACGACCAUGGAAUGCCCAACGCCAAUGGCUUAGGCCAUCACUCAACCUUUACCCCAGGCGUACUCUCUAACUCGAGUCCCUUCAACCCGAAUGCGCUUCAGAAUGGCCAUUCUGCAGGAAACCGAGGACAGCCACCCCCGAACGAGAUGUGGCAGGAGCAAUUGCGAAUGCAAAAAGACGCUGAACGAGCGCAUUCUGCCAUGACCGAUCAACAACAACCGCACUACUAUGCUAGGCUCAGAGCGUCGGAAAAUAGAGGAAUUGGUCCCCCACCAUCAGCUAGCCUACGUGCCCACCCGGACGACGAAGACGAUGGCGUUGAUAGGAGACGACCCUUGGCUAUUGAGAAGGAGGCAACACGGCAGGACUGGCACAAUCUGGAUAUGAGUGGGCAGGGGUUGCGAAACUUGGCUCCGGAGCUUUUCAAGUACAAGUUCUUGAACGAGCUCUUCAUUGCCUCAAACAAACUGACACGACUACCGAACGCGAUUGGAGAACUACGAGCAUUGCGCCACCUUGACGCCUCCUUCAACCAGAUAAUCGAAAUCCCCCCCGAGAUCGGAAUGUGCACUUAUCUCAAGAACCUGUUACUUUUCAAUAAUAACAUCCAAACAUUACCGAACGAACUUGGAUCACUGCACCUUCUGGAGAUGCUCGGCAUCGAAGGCAACCCAUUGGACGCGGAUGUGAAACAUAAAAUCAUGGAGGAGGGUACAAAGAGUCUGAUACAUACGCUGAAGGAAAAUACUCCUAUGCCCAUUCCUCCCACACCCCGGAGGCCCAUCGUUAUACAGGAGGACGUGUCACCCAGUCUGGAGAGGAUCAAGGUUUUCUCGUGGAACAUUCUUUGCGACAAGUAUGCGACACCCCAGACUUACGGUUAUACGCCCACCCGUGCCCUCGACUGGGAGUAUCGUAAAGGAUGUAUCCUGGAAGAACUCCGAAUCAGGGAUGCGGAUUUCCUUGCUCUCCAGGAGGUAUCAACAGAUGCUUUCAAGGAGGAUCUCAGCCCGGAACUUGCUCAGAUGGAUUACAAGGGUGUCCAUUGGCCCAAAUCACGAGCCAAGACCAUGUCAGAGAAGGAUGCACAGUCUGUUGACGGUUGUGCCGUCUUUUACAAGCAGAGCAAGUUCAUUCUUCUUGAUAAGCAGCUUAUCGAAUUCGCCACGAUUGCCAUCAACCGACCCGACAUGAAGAACCAGCACGACGUUUUCAACCGUGUGAUGCCCAAGGACAAUAUUGCUGUUAUUUGCUUCUUUGAGUCUCGUCUCACUGGAGCUCGAGUUAUCCUGGUCAACGCCCAUCUCACGUGGGACUCUGCCUUGGCCGAUGUCAAGGUCAUCCAAACUGGUAUUCUCAUGGAACAUGUUACGAAGCUUGCAGAGAAGUACGCGAGGUGGCCAGCUGUUAAGGACAAAAAGAUGAUUGUGCUACCGAUGGGAGACGACGAGGUACCUGUGCCCCAAGCCGAGCCAGGUCCCAGCCAAGAGUAUCGCACCAAUACCGAAAUUCCUCUGCUGGUCUGCGGUGAUUUCAACUCCACAGAAGACUCUUCAGUAUAUGAGCUGAUGUCUAUGGGACGCGUACCACCUGACCACUUAGAAUUGAGCAGCUUCCAGUAUGGUAGCUUCACGCGAGAUGGUAUUGAACACCCCUUCAGCCUCCGAGACGCCUACGCCCACAUCAAAAACACUGCCGACGAAAUGCCAUUCACCAACUAUACGCCUGGAUUUGCCGAUGUCAUUGAUUACAUCUGGUACUCCACGAAUACACUGGAGGUAGUAGACCUUCUUGGACCCCCUGACCCCGAAUACCUGAAGCGAAUUCCCGCCUUCCCUUACUGGCACUUCCCCGCAGACCACAUCCAGAUUAUGUCUGAGUUCGUGAUCAAGGGCCGGAAGGAGAAGAAGCACCUCCCCGAUCGUGAACCGGACUUCGGCCCUGGAUCACGUGGCUAAUAUCCGCAACGGGAGGGCUAGAACCCGAACCCCAAAUCCUCGUAUGAGGAAAAUACGUCGAUACGUACAUCUGGAUGUAGUUAUUUUGGUUUUGCGUCAUGGAGUUUUGAGGAUCUUGCAACGGCUCUUGGGGGCAGGGGGACAGGUCGGUGGGGGGAUGUUAGCGGUAUGUACACAUGUAGCGGAGAUAGGGGAAGCAUAUUAGGUGGAAUUGUAGGAAUUGAUUCACAAUGUUCUUGUCUUUGCUCUCCUCG